AUGUCCAGUCAGUCAGAUGAGGAGAACGAGGUCCAUCCUCUUGUAUCGAAUUUACUAGGUCAAAAGUUUAUUCCGCGAACCGGUCACGUGUUCCGGUACGACAGAGACGAAAUGAUUCGCUUAUCCACGGCGCCGCUCAGCAUGCAACGUCCUGAAAUACUCUCUGUUGAUUUCAAUGGAGAUGACGGCAAAUUUUCACCGUUCAAGUGGUUGGAGCACCGGUGGGAGGUAGAAGGCAUCAAGAAUCGCUUGAAUGCGAGAUGUGCUGGUCGAUCGCAAAGAAAGCAGUCGAACCAGGCCUAUGCUGAUCAAUGCCCGAUAGAACAAGGAGCCAUGGACGAGAACGCCGGUCUGUCACCACAACGAAGAGGGUUUUCGGGUGGUUGUCGAGCACCUGCGGAUGACAAAAGCAAAGAGGGAGUUCCAAGUAGCAGCGGAUUCGCCAAUGAAGGCGGUUGGACCGGUGUUGAGCGAGACCGUGAUCGCCUCGGAACGAAUAGCACGAAGAACUGGCGUGGUGGAUCGAAUGGCGGUGCCGACAAGUAUUCUAAUAAGAGCAGCGAUUUCAAAUUGCCUUUCCAAAGAUCCACUGGAGCGAAUGCUCGCAGUUCUGGUGGAGGUGGUGCUGGUUCGUGGCGUUCGGAAAUGAAGGAGCGUGGGCCGUCAAUGAGUGGAGGAAAAUAUUCUCAGUCCAAAAAUCAACGAGAAGAACGAAUGCCGGAAUGGGCAGAUGGAUCAACAACAAUGGACGACAUGAUCGAGUUGCGAGGUUUUGAGGAACCUGUCAAAAGAUCUCGCCCUAUAGGACCCGCACUGCCAGAAACUGAUGCCGAGUUUGCUGCAAUAUUAGGUUUGCUUGAUGUGCAAGAUGAUAGCUGUAUGUCCGGCAUCCUUGACAAGGUGAGCGCGGUUACUGAGGACACCUCUUCGUCUGCAACGACUACUGGCAGUCGCUUGAGCCGCUUCUUCAAUAAGAAUAAUUCUCAGUCUGGUAGCAAUGCACAGAACUCUCGUACUAGCCAAGACGAUCCUCAGUCUUCUAAUCCUUUGUUGGCCAAAAUUUUUGCUCAAACUCCUUCAUCGGGUGGCCAAACUCCUCAAAAUCCUGCACAGGGAAAUCCAUCAAUGCCACCAACUGUGGCUGGUCCGGGUGGUGUACGUGCCAUGAGAUUGGAAGAUCUGGAAAAGGCUAUUAGCUCAAAGGAUACGCGCUCUGUACCAAUAACCAAGGGCAAUCCACUGCAAGAUCCGAAUCAACAGGCGCAUCUCCUCAAUAGACUGCAAAACUUCGCAAAACAACAGUGGGAGGAGUAUUUCCACCAGGUGCAACUCCAUUUCUUCCUCCAGUGCUCCCUCCUGGAGCUCCAAUUGUGCCUCUCUGCUCUACUUGCUCGCAUGGCAGCAGAAAAUCCGGCGUUGGUUCAGGCUCAUAUCCAAGCGCAACUUCAUCAAGCAAUGGCUGCGCAGUUAGCAGCAAAUGGAGGUGUUGGUGUUCCUCCAGCUCAUAUGCAUGAUCAGAUACGAGCGACUCUUCUGCGCCUUCAGCAACAGCAACUCGUCGCCGCUGCAGCUGCGCAAGGAAAGCUGGGGAAAGUUCGGCCUCCGACCCAGAUGAUUCCUUCCUCAGUACAGCGUCAGAUGAAUAAGGCAAGUACUUCGCAAGCUGAAGAGGCUGUACAUCGAACUUCGAGAACUGAUCAGGACGGUAGCCCUACACACAUGGCUGAA